UGGAGCCCCUAUAAUUCUAAAGUAUACAACCAGUAAUCACAAAAUUUCUUGUAUUCGCGAAGAGUGGCUGAAUAACCCACCAACUUGUAUUCGUGCACAACUUGAAGCGGAACGUAUCUACAACUUCAAACAAGAUGGAAGGAGGAAGUAAUCUUGAUUCUCAAAUAGAAUCACUAUUGAAUGCUGAGAAGCAAGCGAGACUUGAGGGAGAUGUAACUGCUACCAAGAAAGCAGCUAUGGAUAUUAUACAACUCUGUUAUCAAGCUAAAGAUUGGAAAACCCUAAACGAACAGAUCCUUGCUUUGUCAAAGAAAAGAGGUCAAUUGAAACAGGCAGUAACUGCUAUUGUCCAACAAGCAAUGCAAUAUAUUGAUGAGACACCAGAUGUUGAAACUCGAAUUGAUCUAAUCAAAACGCUAAACACUGUAUCUGCUGGAAAGAUAUACGUGGAAAUAGAGAGGGCGAGACUUGUCAAAAAACUUGCAAAGAUUAAGGAGGAGCAGGGUGAGAUUGCUGAGGCGGGUGAUUUGAUGGAAGAAAUUGCUGUGGAAACUUUUGGAGCAAUGGCAAAAACUGAAAAAAUAGCAUUCAUUCUAGAACAGGUUCGUCUGUGUUUGGACCGUCAAGAUUAUAUGCGAGCUCAGAUCCUGUCAAGGAAGAUCAGUCCACGAGUUUUUGACAUUGAUGCUUCAAAAGAAAAGAAAAAGCCUAAGGAGGGUGGUAAUGUUAUUGAAGAGGCUCCCGCUGAUAUACCUUCUCUCUUAGAGUUGAAGCGGAUCUAUUAUGAACUAAUGAUACGGUACUACUCCCACAACGAUGAUUACCUUGAAAUAUGCCGUUGCUACAAAUCAAUAUAUGAUAUUCCAUCUGUUAAAGAAGAUCCGGCACAAAUGGUGCAGGUAUUAAGAAAGAUCUGCUGGUUCAUAAUCUUGGCGAAACACGACCCAAUGCAGUCAAGCCUCCUUAACUCCACUUUGGAAGAUAAGAAUCUCUCUGAGAUCCAGAAUUUUCGGGUACUACUGAAGCAGAUUGCCACAAUGGAAGUCAUCCAGUGGACAUCUCUUUGGGAAGCAUACAAAGCUGAGGUUGAGAACGAGAAGAAUAUGCUUGGAGGAUCGUUGGGGGACAAAGCUGCAGAAGAUCUAAAGCAGAGAAUCAUUGAACACAAUAUCCUGGUUCUAUCUAAAUAUUACUCAGGGAUUACCAUGAAGCGAGUCGCACAGCUGCUAUGCCUUAGUCUCGAGGAGGCCGAGAAACAUCUAUCGGACAUGGUUGUUUCUAAGGCCCUAGUGGCAAAGAUUGACAGGCCAAUGGGAAUAGUAUGCUUCCAGAUAGCAAAGGACAGCAACGAGGUUCUCAAUUCAUGGGCAGUGAACUUAGGGAAGGUGCUUGAUCUUGUUGAAAAGAGUUGCCACCAAAUCCAUAAGGAAACUAUGGCCCACAAAGCUGCUCUUAAAGUCUAAUGUACCUUGUUUCACCAAAUCCAUAAUGUACUUAUGCUUACAAACUCAAUGGUGGGGUUAAGAAGACAGGGCAUGCUGUUCUGAUGCCAAAACAUGCUGACAGCGCCUAUCUUGAAUACACAAUACACAAUCUGGAACUGUCAGAAAUUUGUUGGCAUGUCCAGAACAUGCUGACAACUGCUAAAAUCUUCUACAUCUUAAAGCUAUUUACGCCAAAAGUUGCUUGGGUAGUUGAUUGCAAAGACUCAGAAUAGCAGCAGGGAGGGGGAACAGCUGCUUGUCUUUGACCAUUGGAGUAUGAUGUUCUUCGGAAUGUAGUGCUGAUGGAAGAGGUGCCUCUUCUUGUUCUUAUUUUAUUUCAACUAGCUUUACAUCCUUAUGCACCGGAAUUUAGCUAUAAUACGACUGUUGGCCGUGUAAAAUUGCACUAUAAUACCCUAAUUUAUAUCAUUUGAUUCAGAGGA